CAGAGUUAUCAGCAUCGGAGGAAAAUAUUACUUUUAUGAAUAUAAAUAUUUUCAUAAAUAUUUUACAAAAAUAAUUUAUGGUUUACUCUAGAUAAGUUCUUCAUGAGAGAGAGAGGAAGAUUUUCCCUAAAGAUUUGCUUCUCUAAAUGAUAUUUCUAGAAUUGUCAAACGAAAUGUCGCACAUGUUCCAACGGAUAUCAUAGGGACUUUGAAGAUUAAAGAUGAAACAACUUUGGAAUACGUUGGUAGUCGAUAUUUACAUUAGUUGACGAUCCUGCAGAUUUAUGCAAUUCAAUAUUUAUUAACAAAUGAAAUUCAAAAUGUGGAUGUAUACCUGUGAUAUGAAAAAACUUGCCCUGUGUGUUUUACUAUUGCUUAAUGCUUUUGUACUUGCAAGGAGAAAAAGACAUGAUUCUGAAUUUUGGUACAAUGACUGCGGGUCUGAAAACCGAUCAGUGAUAUUUAACGACUUGCUGUUAUUUCCAACACCGAUAAUCACUCCAGGGACGUUAUAUAUCAGUAUGAACGGCAACAUAACUCGCCAACUACCCAGGAAGUUAUCCAUUCAGUUAACAGUACAUAAAUACUGGAUUGGAAUUCCAUUUAUGCUCCCGUGUUUUAAUAAUCAAAUUGGUUCGUGUUUAUAUGAAGAUAUUUGUGAAAAAUUAGCAGCUUAUGAGCGGAGGCAAAGGUGCCCGAGGAUGCUCCGUGAUUAUAAAAUCCAAUGUUACUGCCCAUUCCGAGCGGGAACCUUUAGUUUUAAAAAUCUCGCAGUCAAUAUUCCAAAAAUAGGAGGAUUUGCCGGGGCUUUUGUGAAAGUAAGAGGUGACUAUGGUGUGACUAUAAAAGUUCUGGAUGAUUCUAUGAGUGAGUUGGGAUGUGUUGAAAUGAAACUUUCUCUGAAGAAGCGAAAUAAAGGAUGGCUUUUCCGAAUUUAGAACAUCUUGUAUUGUGAUAUUAUUUUUGGAUACGGGUGCUAUCUGAAUAAUCGACGAGAAAUCCAUUUUUACCAAAUACUGUUCUAUGUGUCUGACAAUGAUAAAUUUUCAGCGCUUUGUCGCAAAACCGACAAAAGGGAUAUAUUGGGAUGCUGCUAUCACGCAUGCGUUCAGAUCCGGUCCAUGCUCUAAUAUGUAAAGUGUGUUCAUUUUCGACGGGUAUAAUGUGGAGUUGAAGUUCUUAGCUUUUUUGUGAUUUCGUCACUAUAGCUUUAUGUCACAAUUACACGUGCGAAACGGUAGACUGUUGUUCCGUGUUAACAUGUAGACUACCUCUUUUUAUUUUGUUUUCUUCAAUACAUUACGUACUACAUGUAUGUUUGUUUCGCAAAGCUUUUGUCUUGAUAAAUAAAUGCAUGUAAA